UCUAUUAAGUAACUACGAACACGUCUCGUUUUUUUCGGAAAUUGCUGUCAACUUUUUUCUUUGUUUAAUACACUCGGAUUAUUUUUUUUACAAAUAAAUCUAGAGUAUUUUAAUUAAAAGAAACUAUUAAAUAUAUUUAUAUUUCCAACCGUAAAAUAAAACAUUUAAAAACUAAAGUCAAAAGGAAACAAUUCCAGAAAAUAGUGAUUGUGAAAUUGAAGAAGUUGCAAGGAAAAGAACUUUGAGAAAAAUGGGCUUAACUAUUUCUAGUUUAUUAACACGGCUAUUUGGCAAAAAACAAAUGCGUAUUUUAAUGGUAGGCUUAGAUGCUGCUGGCAAAACUACCAUUCUAUACAAGCUAAAGUUGGGAGAAGUGGUAACGACUAUACCGACAAUUGGCUUCAACGUCGAGAGUGUGGAGUACAAAAACAUUUGCUUUACAGUAUGGGAUGUAGGCGGUCAAGAUAAAAUUCGUCCCUUAUGGAGACACUACUUCCAAAAUACCCAGGGUCUCAUAUUUGUUGUCGAUUCUAACGAUCGUGACCGUAUUACUGAGGCGGAAAAGGAGCUGCAAAAUAUGUUGCAGGAGGAUGAACUACGGGAUGCUGUACUAUUAGUAUUCGCCAACAAACAAGAUUUACCAAAUGCAAUGAAUGCUGCAGAACUAACUGAUAAACUGCGCCUGAAUCAAUUAAGAAAUCGUCACUGGUACAUACAAGCAACCUGUGCAACACAAGGAAAUGGUUUGUACGAAGGAUUAGAUUGGUUAUCUGCAGAACUUGCUAAAAAAUAAUAAAUCCAAAAUUAGAUUAUAUUAAAAGAAAAAAAAACAAAAACACGAAAAAAC